UUUAAUUAACUUCUAAAAGAGAUAUUCUACUCUGGCAUGUGAUCCAAUAAUAUGAACAUCUGAGAUGUUGACGGAGCAAGAGAAGCGAGGUAUGAGUGAACUGUUGUCCAGGAUGGAGAACAGGGAUCUUUUCUCCCUCGCACAAACGGUCACAAACCGUCUCAUCCUACCAGAAUCUACUGGAGAAGCAAUACAGGCGAUCAUCCUUCAUACCGACAAAUCUCUGGAUCUUUUAAAACGAAGAAAAGUGAAAAAGGACUUUUUGUUUAAAUAUCUUCAUGACAAGAAGGUUUCAAUCGAAGCUUCAGCGGAUAAAAUCACAAUUCUCCGCAAGGUUUUAGAGAUUUGGGGUUCGAAUGACGAGGUUGAAAUGUAUAUUGACGAUGAUAACUCCUACGACGCUCCGCCUCCUGCCCCUGUUCCGUCAAGGAACGCCUCCCACACCUCCCUUUGUAGUCUUGACCUUUUCCCAGCCUCGUAUAAUGUGAAUUCAUUUAAAGUAGAUUCUAAUCUCCGUAGAACAGAAUCAAGUAUGUCUAUCAUGAACUUUGAUGAAUCAAGCAAUUCUUCUUUCACUUUUGGAUCAAGUUUACUCCAUCAGACGGAGACAAGUCCUGCCUCACUGCACAGCUCUCUUCCUACUUUAAACUGCUCCCAGCCUAUGUUCCAGUCCUCCCAGCAAGUUCUCCCUGGAACACAAUCAAUUAAUUCAAAUACAUUCACUCAGUCACAAUGCCAGGAGAUGGCAAAUAACUUCGUGAGUUGGUUCUACGAGAUACUCAACACUUGUAACAACAUAACCACGGAGUUCAAUCCCUCCAUGUUCUGGCCGGACGCUAACGCCAAGGUGAACCUUCUCGGAGUUAACGGUGAAGCAAUUGAAUCCUUCUUGGUGGAGGAGAGUGCUGGUGAUGUAUGUGAUAAGUUCAAGGACGUGGUGAGACGACACGGACUAAAGUUUAAUCCGAACCUGUGUGAUGAAGGAGUACGAGGAAGGUUGGAUCCUCAUGGUCUAGUUGUUGUUCUCUCCUGUGGAACAUUACAUAAUCAACAUACAGUCUGCGGAGUUUUUGAACAGGCCUUCUGUCUGGUUCGUGAUCCAGGUUCAGAGAACAAUUGGAAAAUAAAACAAACCGAAGCAAGAUUUUUUGCCAAGAGUGUGAUCGAAGAGCCUAAUCUAGCGAACAGUUCAUUGUGUGCCAUCGCAUACAGCUAGUCUAGACCCUGCGUGAGAAUAUAGACAGUAAACAUCAGGUCAACUGAUCUCAGAAGAACAAUAUAUCACUUGGAAACUGUGUAUCCCCAUCCCUAGAAAUCACUAUUUAUCACAUAAAUGUUAAACAGUAAUGAUAUUCUUCUUCCUACAUUAAAGACAACCUUUUUACACGCCCGUAAUUUAAUCCAUGUUAAAUUCUUGACUUUUACUCUAGUGCACAAAAUUGUAAUAUAAUUUGAUUUUUUAUUAACUGUUAUCCUUAAAGUGCAAAAAUGUGCCCAUAAAUUAAUCAAAUUAUAUACUGAACACUAUGCACACACUCGUUGGCCUUCUUCUCAAACUCAGGCGUGGACACAAUAACAUGUAUUUAUGUUGUUUUGAAAUUUGUACUAUAAAGUAAUAAUGUUUAGUUACUGCAGAUAUGAUUAUUUGAAUCAUAAUACCAUCCAGGUUCAACCUUA